AGAGUUCGCCUCCCUUCUGUCUCUGCCCAGUUUAACUGUAUAGGCCGUGCCAGCCAAAUUUCCUUGCUCCUAAAUUUUCCUUUUUUCCUCGUCUCUCCUUUUCUUGCAACAGUCAACAACAGCCCAUACGCCUCAUCAACGAGCGCGUUAUUUGUUUGGCUAUGAGACGCGUCGCGUACAUGCUUCGUUGACCUCGCUCGUCAAAGAACGCUGGAAUUCUCUCAAAAACUGAUGCCUAAGGAAACCACCAAAUCCAAACGCAAGGUCGCUGAGAAAUCAGAAAAGGGUUCUCGUAAAGCCAAGAAGGAUCCCAAGGCUCCGAAACGUGCACUUUCUGCAUAUAUGUUCUUCAGCCAAGACUGGCGUGAACGAAUCAAAGCUGAGAACCCCGACGCAGGCUUUGGCGAGGUAGGAAAGCUGCUCGGUGCCAAAUGGAAGGAGCUCGAAGACGAGGAGAAGAAGCCUUAUGUUGAGCAAGCUGCUAGAGACAAGGAACGAGCAGAAGAGGAGAAAACCGCGUACGACAACAAACAAAAGAAUGGUGCUGCUAGUGGUGGUAGUGGCGAGGAUGCAGAAGAGGACGACGAGUAAUCCCAUUGUACACUCCCUUGAUACUUUAUAAAUCUUUCUCACUGCCCUCACUCAUCAUAAACGACUGUAUUCUCUCAUCCCUUUCCUUUGCCCUCCUAACUUAGUGUCAUUCUUUUUUUGCUCGACGUCUCCUCAGUCAUACACAAGUGAUGACAUAACCUUCGUCGACAGCAUUUUUAUUUUAUUCGCAAUUCUACUUUCGCGCCUCUCAUUGUACUGUAUGUGCUAGUACUUAUUAGUAUUGCCCAAUGGUAUUCAUACCCUGUGCUACCUAUGUUAGUAACUACUGUAUAAAGA